AUGAUGCGAAACCAAUAUUCCUCUAGAAGCUACGGCUCUAUAAUAUCAUGGCUGUUAUUCAGUACCUUGCAGCCCCUACUACUUUACAGCAAUAGAGUGUCAGCAGCUCCCAUUGAACUUCAUGGAAUCAACUACAACACGCGUCAAGGUCCUGAUUUUGCCUGGGACAAGUGCAAAUCCAUGGAACAAAUCAGGACCGACUUAAAUAUGCUAAGUCGUGUUACUAGUCGCAUCCGAAUUUUGAGUCUGGCAGACUGUGGACAAGGUGAUAUGGUACUCACUGCGGCCAAGGAAUUGGGCCUUCAAGUCUGGUUGGGUGUUUGGAUUUCCGAGUUUGAAUACGUCUUCGAAGGCGAAAAGGGAGCCUUAUUUAACUUGAUUAAUAAUGGACUUGUCGACGAGAACACAGUUUUGGGUGUCACUGUCGGAUCAGAGGCUGUCUACCGGGAAGAAGUCACUGCGGAAACCAUUAUUGAUUACAUGAAUCAAAUCCGAGGAAUCCUAGCCGACGGGGGGCUAUCAGGAUUGCCAGUCACUAUUACCGAAAUUGCACCAACCUAUAGUCAGUACUCCAACUUGAGAUCGGCUGUCGAUGUCAUCUAUGCCAAUAUUUUCCCAUUUUGGGAAGGAAUCAACAUUAAUGGAGCCAUUGCCGAUAUGGUGACUGAUUUGGACUGGGUCAUGAACCUUCCCGAAUCUGCCGGCAAAGAGCUCAUUAUUGGUGAAACUGGAUGGCCAGAGUCUGGUUCAGUUUCAGCAGAAGACAUUGUUGGAAACAUUGGAAUUCCUAGCGUGGCAAACCAAGUCCAAUUCUUUAGAGACUUUUACUGCGAAAUUGGAGUCACGAGAGGCUGGAAGUACUAUUGGUUCACUGCCAUUGACAACAAGUGGCGCCAAGCACAAGAUAUCGAUAACACCAUUGAAGGCACUUUUGGGUUUCUCGAUGAAAACUUGCAACUCAAGUCGCACUUUCAGGAUUUGUCCUUUACCUGUAACGAUGGCGUUACCUACAACUUUGCUGAGACAGAUUGGACCGUUCCAAAUGCUCCAAAUGCUCCGGUUGAUACACCAACUGAAACUCUAGCCCCAAAUGAAACACCAAGGGAGGCGCAGGAGAAUAUGGCUUGUUCCGUUCACGCAAAAUGCGCUGAAUUGGGAUUGCUUGGUAGCUGCUGUCCCACCAAUGGCCUCAAUCCAACAUUUUUGAGCUGUUGCGACAACGAUAACCUCUUUGCAACCCCAACCACUAGCCCAAGCAAAGCGACGCCUAGUCCAACAAGACUUACUCCUAGUCCUACCGUGACGCCACCCACUCCAGCAGGACAAACACCAAGUCCGACAAGAGUUACUCCCAGUCCUACGAGAAUUACUCCAUCGCCCACAAGACAAACACCCGGUCCCAGUCCAGCAACCCCAGAACCCACAAGACAAACGCCUAGUCCUACUCUAGCGACACCAGGACCCACAAGACAAACGCCCAUUCCUACUCUAGCGACUCCAGAACCAACCAAGUUCCCCACUCUUGCUCCAAUCACACCAGCACCAUCGAUUGCGCCAGUGACACGCGAGCCAAGUACUUCACCAGUGACUCUGGAUCCCACCGUGACACCACUCUUUCCAAGCACUGGAACUCCAAGUGCUGCACCAAUUACUCAGGAUCCAACCUCUGCUCCGGUGACUUCGGAACCAACAGCCGCACCAACGUGGAUCCGCACUGGCCCACCAAGUACGGGCGCCCCAACGUCCCCACCUACAAGUUCGGGAGCUCCUUCCAUUCUGGUUCCGACCAUUGAUAUCGUGGAAGACUUGGAAGUAUAUCUAUUCGGAAUGCUUUCGUGUAGAAACUAUUGCUUGAAUGCCUUUGAAGCGAAGUUAAUCAAUCACAUCGAAACCUUCUACGCUUCUUCCACUGGUUCCUUUCAAGUGUUGGAGAACAUUCCAAGAAUUACUGGAGUCGGUCCUAUCUUUAUGGCCGACGAGGAAGAUGAUGAUGAUGGCGAUGAUGACGAUACUAUCGUUGAUACUGCCGAUGGAGACACAAGAAAGCUUCAAGUGGAGGGCAACCAAGUUGGUGUUCGAAUCAUUUACGAUCACACGUUUGAGUGGUUCGCCCGAGGCUCUGGCAUUAUGGUGGAACAACUUGCCGGCCUUCCCUUUGCAUCGGAAGAUUCUCGAGACGCUUUUGUGGCAUCAUUGAAACAGUUCAAUGUCUUUGACAAUAUGACUGAAAUUUCUAGUAUUGUCUUUCCAGAAUUCACUUCAGCACCAACCUCGGAACCUACCGAAGACACAUCAACAAGACCGCCAUCUAGCACAGCUGGUGCAAACCAAGACGUGGUGCCACAGCCAGGGGAAGUUUACUCGAUCGGGGUUAUCGUGGGCAUUGCGGUGGGGGGUUCUGCUCUACUUUUGCUCUGUCUAUUUUGUUUCUGCUAUGCGAAAAAGAAAAACAAAGAUCAAGGAUCGUACGCUCCACCGGGCGACGACUUCAGCUUUGGUUUCUCGACGGUAUACACCAAGGAACAGGAGCCCGUUUCUAGAAACUACAAUCCUAAUCGUUAA